AUGGGUUAUGUUGCUAAUGUGGACAUCUGGUCGAUUGGGUGCAUAUUCGGUGAACUGGUGAAGGGCCGCGUCCUCUUUCCGGGGACAGACCAUAUUGACCAAUGGACGAAGAUUGUUGAGCAGCUCGGAACUCCAUCUAGGCAAUUCCUCGAGCGUCUCCAAGCAACCGUACGGAAUUAUGUGGAAAAUCGGCCCCAGUAUCGGCCGACCUCGUUCGAGACGCUCUUUCCCGAUACGAUGUUCCCACAGCCUGCCGAAAACAACCGUCUAACAGCUUCAGCUGCCCAAGCCCGCGAUCUCCUCUCCCGAAUGCUGGUUGUCGACCCCAAUGAUCGGAUUUCUGUGGAUGAAGCCCUCCGACACCCCUAUGUGAAUGUGUGGUUCGAUGAGACUGAGGUGUUUGCCCCGCCUCCCGAACAAUAUAACAAUGAGGUUGACAAGAAGGAACACACGGUUGAGGAAUGGAAAACGCUCAUCUACUCCGAAAUUGCCCAAUACGAACGGCUACACGAUGUAUACGGGAACAGCACCUCUCGCAGC